GCGAGUGGAUGGAAUAAUUUAGGGAUAAUGAGCGCAGUCAGAGCUCUCAGAUUACACACAUUAAGUCUAACGAGGCAUGUCUACACCAUUACAGAAAGAAAUCAGCCUGAAUUCAAUACUAUCGUGUUUCUUAUUUUCUGCGUCGUACCGUUUUUCAGAAGUUUAUUUUAAAUCGGAAGAGGACAUGCUGGAUUAUUGACAAUCAUCCUCGGAUCAAACUGUUGAAGGCACGUUCCUGCAUUUAAAUAAUUUACGACAGAUGACUUAAUUUAUAAGCAACAAACUCAGGAUGAGACUCUGGACUUUACUUGUCAUUAUCCCGGUGUGCGCAUCCUCCCCCCUUUUGACCGAAACGUCUAAACCCAAAGGUCCAGCUGUGGAUAACCGCUGCUCCGGACGCGCCUGUAACCCUCGUAUGGGUAACCUGGCACAGGGCAGAGUGCUCACCACCCAGUCGGUCUGCGGCUCCAAUGUCUCCGAGCCCUACUGCUCUCACAGGCAGACUGCUGCCCCCCGCAGUAAGGAGUCCUGCUCGGCACCAAAAUGCAGCAAGUGCAACGCUGCCAUCCCCAGCCAGGCGCACCCUCCUUCUGCCAUGAGCGACUCCUCUUUCCGCAACCCCGAGACUUGGUGGCAGUCUGCGGAGGGGGUGAAGGAGGAGACGCUCCAGCUGGACUUGGAGACUGAGUUUCUCUUCACUCACCUCAUCCUGGUGUUUCGCUCCCCUCGGCCCGCUGCCAUGGUGUUGGAGCGCUCUCAGGACCAUGGGCACACAUGGAAGACCCUCAAGUAUUUUGCCAGGGACUGUGAGGAGGCGUUUGGCAUGGCAGAGGGGUCACCAGCCGAGGAGAGUGGGGCAGCUUGCUCUUCCAAGUAUUCCAGAGGUUUUCCUUGUACAAGAGGAGAGGUAAUCUAUCGAGCCUUGUCACCCUGGAACUCCCUGGAUCCCUAUGGACCAGAUGCUCAGGACCAGCUCAUGAUCACCAACCUGAGAGUCAGUCUGCUGCAGCACCAGCCAUGUCCCUGCCAGGCCAAACAUCCAGGUGCUUCUGAUGUGCCCACAGACCAUUAUGCCAUCUACGACUUUAUUGUUAAAGGCAGUUGCCUUUGCAAUGGACAUGCUGACCAUUGUGUACCAGCCAAGGGCUACAAUCCCAGCCAGCCGAGAACCAGUAACAUGGUCCAUGGCAAGUGCGUUUGCAGACACAACACAGCUGGCGACCACUGUGAGCGCUGUGCACCACUCUACAAUGACCAACCCUGGCAGGCUGCCAAUGGAAUCAUAGGGACACCGCAUGAAUGCCAGAAGUGCAAGUGCAAUGGUCAUGGCAAGAGCUGUCACUUCGAUCGUGGAUUGUGGCUAACAUCAGGGCGGCGGAGCGGAGGCGUGUGUGACGACUGCCAUCACAACACUGAGGGCCGUCACUGCCAGAACUGUAAGAGAGGCUUCUUCAGAGAUCCCAGUCGUCCAAAAACUGCGCCUGACUCCUGCAAACCCUGUUCCUGCCACCCUGUAGGCUCAGUCUUCUCAGGUGGUAGCGCUCUCUGUAACCCUAGUAGUGGGGAGUGCACUUGUAAGCCUGGUGUCGGAGGCCCCCGCUGUGACAGCUGUAUGAUGGGUUACUGGGGGCUUGGUGAAUACGGCUGCCGUCCAUGUGACUGUACAGGGGACUGUGACCCAUACACUGGUGAUUGCAUUUCUGGCUCAGAUGUGGAGGUCUUUUAUACAGCCACUGGCCACAUGGGACACAGCAGCAAUAAUAGUGAGACGGCACUCUUUAGGGUAGAGGAGCUUUUCUCUGCACUGCACCACUCUGAGAAAUGUGAAUGUGUAGAGGGGACCCUUGGCAGCCCUAAACUCUUUUGUGCUGCGGAGUAUGACUAUGUACUGGUGGUGAGGGUGAUGGCAGCUCAUGAUAAAGGCUCCCAUGCAGAAGUGGAGGUCAAGGCCAAGAAGGUCUUGCACCAGAGCCCUCAGAUGAAGAUCCAGAGAGGAAGUGUCACCCUUUACCCCGAGUCCUGGACCAUCAAAGGCUGUACCUGUCCCAUCCUCAACCCAGGAUCUGAAUAUUUAGUGGCUGGACAUGAGGACUGGAAGACUGGCCGACUAAUGGUGAACACCAAAAGCCUUGUUAAACCAUGGAAGUCAAGUCUGGGACGCAAAAUCCUCCACAUCCUCAGGAAAGAAUGUGACCGCUGGUAGGGCAUCGCCAAAAACUGCAGAGGACAAGAUGAUUUGUUGGAUAAACAAGGUUGGACACUGAUAUAGGCAUUGCUUGGACACUAAAGUGAAAGCAAAACCAGUGCCUAUUACAGGGACUUCAUUUCUUCUCUUUCCAAAGCGGAGUCCUCAGCCCCCAAAAACUACAAGGCUGUUUUUGUUGGUAAGCUGUGGUAGAAAUAAGCAGAUACUGUAAGCAGAUGCCCUGCCCGAGUACAGUCACUUUAGGAUCAAAGAGCAAAGCAAGCCACAAAGACUUUCAUCCAGGCAAAGACAAAGUUGAUGUUUCAUUCCUGUGUUAUUGACAGAUUGUAACUCUUUCCAGGUUAUUUAUAAGGCAAUACUUUAUGCAGGUAAAUAUUCAAUUAUAUUUUAUUUCCUAACCAAACUUGCUGUCAGAGUUGAUGAGCCAAAACACAGUCAUAUCCUACUGUUUCUAUUUCAUUGAGAGCUGUUAACUUUGAAGUCUUACAAAGACACCUGAAUCAUCCUCUUCGCCUCACAGAUAUUGGUGAUAAAUCAUGAAUGAGUCAACAUCAGAAUGCGUGUGAAUGUGCGUGUAUGCAUAUGCUUGAUGUCCUUGGCAGGGACUCUGGGACUCUGUGCAGGUCAGAACAAGUAACUCCUCGAUGAGGGGAGAGGAUGAAAAAAAAAAAGAACAUUAAAGGAGGAGGCUUAAUCUGAACAGCUCGGCUCUGCUCCGGCACACUCGCCCGCCUGCUGUCUGACAAGAGCAAAGCUCACUCUGCUCCACCCUCUCUGGUCUGAAGUACACGCAGCUGACUCAAACACUUGAGAUUGAGUUUUCUCUUGCAGAAAGUUCAGUAACACGAGGGGAUCGUUGUCAGGUUGCUUGAUUCUGUGAGGAUUUUGUCUCACCUCUGCUCCAUAUGAGGAUGCACUAGAUAAGGCUUUUCCGAUCCUGCGGGAGCCAGUUUGUGUUUGUGUGUGUGAGAGUGAGUGAAAGCACACACACUCCUAACAUAUGUUUCUCUUUUUGGCCUGUGACUCCUGCUGCCCUAAAAUAAAUAUGUAUUAAAAGCCUGGGUAUUCAUUGACAUCACAGUGUUGUCCACAGGCCAUUUUUGAGCCGGGUCCAGUUAAGAAUAGGCCUGGUCUGCUGUCUCCAAGGAGAAGGACAAACUCUGUGAGGAGACAUGAUGCAUUCCUCAGCCAUGACAUCACUGCCCAUGUCCUUGUCACAAAGACUUUACCCAAAUAAGAGAAAAUGGGCUGGAUUUUUUUCAUAAAGAACAAAGUGUUGAUUUAAGGUACAUUAAUGUUCCCUGCCGUCAAUGUGAUAUUUGUUAUGCUUUGCUGUGUCCUGUUUUGCUUUUUUUUUUUUCAUCUAAGCUGUAUAAACC